AUGGCCCGGGGCGGCGCAUGCGCAGUCGCCGGCACCCUGGGGGAAGGUUUUGGCGAGGAGUCCGCCAUGGAGUCGUACGAUGUGAUCGCCAACCAGCCGGUGGUUAUCGACAACGGGUCUGGAGUCGUUAAAGCUGGUUUUGCAGGAGAUCAGAUUCCAAAGUACUGCUUCCCCAAUUAUGUGGGACGGCCUAAGCAUGUACGUGUUAUGGCUGGUGCUCUGGAGGGAGAUAUUUUCAUUGGACCAAAAGCUGAGGAGCACAGGGGCCUGUUAACUAUCAGGUAUCCAAUGGAACAUGGAAUUGUAAAAGACUGGAAUGACAUGGAACGGAUUUGGCAGUAUGUGUAUUCCAAAGACCAACUCCAGACAUUCUCUGAAGAGCAUCCUGUACUCCUCACAGAAGCUCCUUUGAAUCCAAGGAAAAACCGUGAACGUGCUGCUGAGGUUUUCUUUGAGACUUUCAAUGUCCCUGCUCUGUUCAUCUCAAUGCAGGCAGUACUUAGUCUGUAUGCCACAGGUAGGACUACAGGUGUGGUGUUAGAUUCAGGCGACGGAGUCACACAUGCUGUACCUAUCUACGAAGGGUUUGCUAUGCCGCAUUCCAUCAUGAGGAUUGACAUUGCAGGACGUGAUGUCUCUCGCUAUUUACGAUUGUUCCUUCGAAAGGAAGGAUAUGAUUUUCACACAUCAUCAGAAUUUGAGAUUGUGAAAACAAUCAAAGAGCGUGCCUGUUACCUGUCAAUAAACCCACAAAAAGAUGAAACUCUGGAGACAGAGAAAGCUCAGUACAUUCUGCCUGAUGGAAGCACAAUUGAAAUUGGACCUGCACGAUUCCGUGCUCCAGAACUGCUCUUUCGACCUGACUUGAUUGGUGAAGAGUGCGAAGGAAUCCAUGAAGUCCUAGUCUUUGCAAUCCAGAAAUCUGACAUGGAUCUGAGGCGAACGCUUUUCUCGAACAUUGUGCUAUCAGGAGGAUCGACUUUAUUCAAAGGAUUUGGUGAUAGACUUCUGAGUGAAGUCAAGAAACUGGCACCAAAAGAUAUAAAAAUAAAGAUUUCUGCCCCACAAGAGAGGUUAUACUCCACAUGGAUAGGAGGUUCUAUUCUGGCAUCACUUGACACAUUUAAGAAAAUGUGGGUGUCCAAGAAAGAGUACGAGGAAGAUGGGGCCAGAGCAAUCCAUAGGAAGACAUUCUAAGCACCUGCCAGAAUUGGCCCAUACAUAAACUCACUCUGAUGUAAAUCUUGCUUGUCUGGGUAUGGUGUAUGCCUGUAAGAAGGUGAAUGUGUAUAAUAUGAGAGCACCGAGGAGAUGCAAGGUUUGCUUUUGGGACACACAUCAUCCAAAUAAGAAAUUUUGGUCAUUUCAUUUUUUUUUCUCUGCUUCCCCCCCCCCACCCCUUUAGUUUUCCUCUGAUUACAUUGUCAUUCACAGUUAAUAUAUGGUGUGGGAGUCCAGCCACUUACACUAAAAUAUGCCAACUGUAAUUGGCUGUGGCCACUGUGCCUGAUUUCUUUGAGUUAUGAUGUUAAGCCGGAAUAAGCAGUGAGAGGAAAUGAAAGCUCCUGAGACGAUUGAGUGGAUGUUAAGUGUGGUAUGAAUGGUAAUUUUUAACAGGCUUUUGUUUCUAUUGCUUUUGAGACUGGUAAGGAAUUUGUAACCUAUUGUGCGUAGACAAACUGCACGUCCUGAUGUUCCUAAAUUUUUUUUUAAGAAAUAUAUCAGCAGAGCUCUGUAUGAAUAUAUAAAAAUAUAUAUAUCCCAGUGCUUUUUUGUCCAUGUCUAGUAACACUAACAUAUACUGGCUUGUGUGCCCACUAGAUGAGGUACCACUGUUACCCCUGCAGGCUGCCAGCAUUUUGUGUUAUUUAGUCAGGUUUCAAUAGAGACAACCAAUAGGAAAGCCCUUUUGAAAACAAGGGCAGACUAGUGGUAAAGCGUGCAGCAUGUAAGAUAUUUUUUAAGUUAUUUUUCAUUCUUCCUCUGUAAAUGUUUUAAGCUAAACCAACAGAAAUAGGUCAGAAAUCCCAGCUGAAACAUUGGUUGCCAUAGGUAAGAAAUGAAACCUAUUUUAGACUAAAAUAUGUGUCAGUAAUGCAUUAAUGGACAAGGGGUAAGCGCAAUGCAGUUUAAAACCAAUUGUCAUUAAGUUCCGUUCAUUCAGAUCACCACCCCAGUCACAUUGUGUACAAGUCUGGUUUGCUGACUGUUGGUUCGAGGAAUGCAAACAAUGGUUUGGGCUGCAGUUGCUCCAAGUAUUCAUUUCCCAACCAUUGUCACAGGGUGACAAGACUGGAAUGGGAGGAAAAGGGAAAUUGCAAAUUGAAUUGCUCAGAAUCAGGAAUGAAAUUUAAACCUGUGGCGGAAGGCCUUCCUGUUAAUAAUACUGUCAUAAUGUUUAGCAUGAAAGAAACGAACAAAGUAUUCACUUUAAAAUGAAAAGCUGGUAUUUAAGCCUUAGAACUGUUUGUAGUGUCACUUGUAUCACUGCAGUCGAGCAGUAACACGUGAUGUUAUAAGUGCCAGUCUUAAUUUUUUAAGUGCAGUUGUUAAUGUCAACUGUAAUGAAGGGAACUGUUGUCAACCACGGAACAUGUUCUGCUGAGAGUAAACAUGACGACAUUGCAGAUCAGCCUUUUCGUUGUUAGAGUUAAUUUGAAUAAUAAAACAAAGUUGUUUAAAUCUUCACCUUAGCAUGUUUGUUUUAGAAAGUCAUUGAAAUUGACUGAACACCACUGACAUUAGCUUGUCAUGACUGCUGUAGAUCUAGGUCUCCUGUACGAUGAAGACUUUGAAUAGGUCCAUUCUGACUGUAGCUUUCACUACGUUAUCGUCCAUUGUUUUACCAUGCAGAAGUAUUCUGAACUGUGCUGCCAGGUGAUGCCACUGUACUUGAAAACCUUAAAAUAAAAGCUGUUCAUAAGCA